AUGGGAAAGAUUGUGUUUUUUGAAGACCCAAAUUUCAAGGGUUUAAGCUAUGAGACCAGCUGCGACUGUCCAACCCUGCAUGCACAGUUCAGACGCUGUAACUCCAUCAGGGUGGAAGCCGGCUGCUGGGUGUUAUACGAGCGCCCCAAUUACAUGGGGUACCAGUAUAUCCUGACACCCGGAGAGUACCCUGACUACCAGCACUGGAUGGGCUUCAAUGACUCUAUCAGGUCUUGCCGAUGUGUGAAAAAUGUCUACGGAAAAGUGUACAAGAUUCGACUUUAUGAGAAACCAGACUUUGGAGGCAAAAUGGUAGAGCAUGGUGAAGACUGCCCCUCAGUCCAGGAGGCUUUCAAGCUGCAUGAGAUCCACUCCUGCAUUGUGCUGGAUGGGGCGUGGGCCUUCUACAAUGAGUCCAACUACAAAGGCCGCCAGUAUUUCCUGGAACGAGGAGAGUACCGUCAGCAUGAGGCGUGGGGUGCCACCUCACCUGCUGUGGGCUCUUUCCGAAGGAUCACUAAAUUCUAG